CCAAAAACCCUCUGUGAUAUUUCGUAAGCCCUAGCCGCCCCCACCGGAGAUCACCAUGGCGAAGGAGAGCAAAGCGAAGAAGACGUCGAAGAAGAAGGGCGGGAUGAAGACGGGACCAGAAGCCGUCGCUAUGAAAGCCAAGGCACUGAAGGCCGAGAAUCCGUUCGAGUCCAUCUGGUCUCGCCGGAAGUUCGACAUCCUCGGGAAGAAGCGCAAGGGCGAGGAACGCCGUGUCGGCCUCGCUAGGUCUCGUGCCGUCGAGAAGAGGCAGAAGACGCUGUUGAAAGAGUACGAGCAGAGUUUGAAAUCUUCGGUUUUUGUGGAUAAGCGAAUCGGAGAGCAGAACGAUGAGCUCGGAGAGUUCGAUAAGGGCAUCAUUAGAUUGCAGCGUGAGCGUCAGUUGAAACUAGGGAAGAAGAGCAAGUACAAUCUGUCUGAUGGAGAGGAAGACGAUUAUGAUGGUCCAGUUCUUGGUGCUCUAUCUGAAAGGGAUGAUUUUGACGCUGGAAUUUUUUCGGAUGAUGAUCUUAAAGACAAUGAUUGGGAAGCUGGUGGAUCAAACAGAAAAUCGGACAUCCUGAAGCAUAUAAACAGAAAUAAACGGCGUGGCCCAUCAGAGGAGGGAUUUGAAGGAGAGGAAGAGAGCCAUAAAAGCAAGAAGGAGAGAAGGGAGGAGAUGAUCAUGAAAUGCAAAAUUGCCAGGAUGGAGAAAGCUAAACGGAAGGAGGAAAAUGGAAAGCUGAUGGAUGAUCUGGAUAAAACCUUCAAGUCGUUAGUGGAGUCUCGGGUGAUAGCGUCAUUAACUGAACCAGAAAAGAUGAAUGCCCUAAAAGCUCUUGUUAAGGGGACUCCCAAGGAGCAUGUUAAAAAGGAUGAGGCACCUGUCAGUCAAACAAAGGAACAACUUGAUUCUUAUGAAAAACUAGUGCAUGAAAUGGCGAUGGAUAUUCGUGCUCGCCCUUCAGAUAGAACAAAGACACCUGAAGAAAUUGCGCAGGAAGAGAGAGAACGACUGGAGGCCCUAGAGGAAGAGCGUAAGAAGAGGAUGCAGGCAACUGAUGACUUGAGUGACGAGGAUGAUGAAAACAGUGAUCGGGAAUCUAUCAAGAAGUCGAGGGCCAUUUCUGGCGAUGAUCUUGGUGAUUCUUUUCUAGUGGAUGAAGAAGCCAGACCAAAAAAAGGCUGGAUUGACGAAAUUCUUGAAGGAAGGGAUAAUGAUAAUUCUGAUAGCGAGGAAGAUGAUGGUUCUUCCGAUGAUUCAGGAAGCGAAGGUGGAGAAUUUGACAUUGACGAGGAGGACGAUGAUGAAGAUGACGAUGAAGAUGAGCAAGGAAAGGCUCUUUAUUUAAAGGAUUGGGAACAAAGUGAUGAUGAUGAGCUUGGAGCAGAGCUGGAUGAUGAUGAAACUCAUGAUAGCGAUGAUGCUGAUGAGGAUGAAGAAAUGCAGCCUAGAGUUCAUAAAAAGACUAAGAAGAAUGAUGUUGGCCAGUGUGGCAAAGGAGACAGAUUAUCUGGAAAAGAGAAGGAAAAAUCUCGAGAUAAGGAGCAGAGCUCAACUCAGCAUGACAUCCCGUUCUUGAUUGAGGCCCCAAAGAAUUUUGAGGAGCUGAUUGCCCUUGUGGAAAAUCAUUCCGAUGCUGAUAUUCUUGUGAUUGUCAACCGAAUUCGAGCAACAAAUGCCAUUAAGCUCGCUGCUGAAAAUCGAAAGAAAAUGCAAGUCUUUUAUGGUGUUCUCUUACAGUAUUUUGCCACUCUUGCAAACAAGAAGCCCUUGAAAUUUGAGAUACUAAAUUUGCUUGUCAAGCCAUUGAUCGAGAUGAGCAUGGAGAUUCCUUACUUCGCUGCAAUCUGUGCUCGUGAACGGCUCUUAAGAACCCGAAUACAUUUUUGUGAGGCUAUCAAGAAUCCUGAGAACGGAUGUUGGCCUUCCACGAAAACACUAUUUCUCUUAAAGCUGUGGUCUAUGAUUUUCCCAUGCUCCGAUUUCCGCCAUGCCGUGAUGACUCCAUCCGUAUUGUUGAUGUGUGAAUAUCUCAUGCGUUGUCCCAUCUCCUCUGGUCGUGAUAUUGCCAUUGGAUCUUUUCUCUGUUCCAUGGUUCUCUUGGUUGCUAAACAAUCUCAAAAGUUCUGUCCUGAAGCUAUAUUAUUCCUCCGAACUCUCUUGAUGGCUGCGUCAGAUAAAAAGUCAGCACCGUCUCAGGAAUCUGAGUUCUACCAUCUUAUGGAAUUGAAAUCUCUGAGUCCCCUGUUGCAAAUACAAGACCAUGUAAAUGAAAAUAACCCUCUCAACUUCUUUUCAAUUAUGGAUAUGCCUGCAGAUUCUCCCUUUUUCAGCUCUGAUGACUUCAGGGCGAGCGUUCUCUCUUGCAUAGUUGAGACUCUUAAAGGGUUUGUGGAGAUAAGUGGAGGACUGAACUCAUUCCCGGAGAUCUUUUUGCCUAUUUCGCCGUUGUUGCACGAAAUCAGUAAGCAAGGAAAAUUUCCAGAAGCAUUAAAGAAGAAUUUCGAUAAUGUGGCUCAGCUCAUCGACGAGAAAGCAGGGGCACAUCACGUGAAGCGUGAACCACUUGUUAUGCGCAAACAUAAGCCAGUGCCCAUCAAGAUGGUCAAUCCCAAAUUCGAAGAGAACUUUGUUAAGGGCAGAGACUAUGAUCCAGACAGACAACGUGCCGAGGUAAGAAAGCUGAAGAAACUGAUAAAACAGGAAGCAAAGGGGGCAAUAAGGGAACUGAGAAAAGACAGCUACUUCAUGAGCGAGGUGAAAGCGAAAGAGAGAGUGGAACAUGAGCAAGAAAGAGCAGACAAGUAUGGCAAAGCCCUGGCUUUCCUGCAAGAACAAGAACAUGCUUUCAAGUCUGGUCAACUUGGUAAAGGCAAAGGCACGAAGAGAAGACGUUGAUAUACUUCUGCAACUGUUCUUACAUUGUCGCUUGAAACAAAAAAAAAUGCCAGAAAUUUUACCACCCCCAAAUUCUGUAGGGAAAUCUAUCAUUGCUUUACAAAAGAAACCUAGAAAGUAUCCGAGGAAUUAAAGAGUGGAAAUUCCGUGUGUUUUUUUCUC